GUUUUGUGCCCGCCGCAAGUUGGACCUUACAAUUCAACUGUCGCACAGUUGACUGAACAAACGGGACGCCACAUGCCAAGAGAUGUGACGGUUUGGAGUUAUCAGCGCUGCCCAUGCAGAGUGUCGAACAUGUCUGCGCCGCAUAUAUGCGGUCAGAAAGCAACACGCAACGUAUGAAAACACCCGUUUUACCUUGAGAUACAGCUGAAAGUGGUCGUAACAACCAUCGAACGAACGCGUCGAAAUUGCUACGGUGGCAGCAACAUGCCUGAAGAGUUGGUCAUCGGAAUGAGAACAGGCUGCCAUUCUAACCAUCCACUUGGAGUCAGGUUGCAGAGAUGGACGCGCUUGCUUCUCAACCACGUUUUGCUCGCUGCUAUUGGAGUCGGCGGAAUGUUCUUCCUGCCAGCCCUCCUGGCCAGUCACCGUUUUCGUGAAGUCUUCUUCGCUUUCAUCUACACGCUUAUUCAGCGUUUCAUGAAGAAAGACAUGGCCGUGCUGCGACGUGCCGUCGUGUCUCCGCUGGACGAUAUGGUGUCGCAUGACGCAUGCCUGAAGGCACGCGGCGCCGUUCGUCUGCUGGAGGUGGGGGCGGCUUACGGACCCAAUCUGGAAUUCAUUGCCCGCCCCGUCGAGUAUUGGACGCUGGAGCCCAACACAAACUUCGAAGCAGCUCUGCAGAGGACCCUCAAAGAAAACCCGAACGUCGAGAUGAAGCGCGUCAUCCAUGGAUACGGCGAGGACAUGGCAAUGUUGCCUGAUGAACACUUCGACGCUGUUCUCCUCGUCUACGUCCUCUGCACGGCGAAGGAUGGCUCGAAGCUACUCAGCGAAUGCAAACGUGUCCUCGCAAAGGGUGGCUGUCUUCUCUUCGCCGAGCACAUCGGUCACAAGAAGGGAUCCUUCUCUAGGUUUCUUCAAGACGUCAUGACUCCGUACACCAAGAAUCUUGCUGGUGGCUGCCACCUGAAUCGGGAUAGCGAGACUUUGCUCACAAGAGCUGGAUUCUCUAACAUGAUCAUUCAUAACAUUGACUUGGACAUACCGGUGGUGCUCAGCCGCACCAUCUAUGGCACCGCAAUAGCGUAA